CUCACUCGUUCCCAACUCUACUCUCACAAUAACAACACGCGUGGAACCACCGUCCGGGUUCACUCUGUUGUAUUCAGUGCCGGGGCCGCGAAGUGCUCUAAUAUUAUUGCACAAACCAACCGAAAAGUUAUGUGACCGAAUCCCCCUGAAGCGCAUUCACAGUUAGCAUGGGGCGUUAUCCGAAAGCGCGCAAAAUGAAAUAGUAAGAGUGUGGGGUUGCCCCCGGCAUGAGGUCGGGGGAAGGCGAGGGCUCGGAGCUGACGGAGUUCGGAGCGCGGUGGCCCCCGCCCUACUCGCAGGGCUACGGCUGGCGCUCCGCCACGCCGCAGCACCCGCCCUCGCACCACCUGGCGAGGCAUUCUCGCUCGCAGCAGGACAACCGGCACACCAGCUACGAGGCGGAGGAUGCUCGCUCGCGGGCGCGGGGAGGGGUGUACUACUCCCCCCCCGGGACCUCGUACACCAUUGUGGAGCGGCCGGCCUCCUCCCACGGCCAUCAUCCAUCUUACUCACAUCAUUACUCCGCAAAACUCUCCAGAACACCAUAUGUCGGCUCCUCUACAUUAGCGAACAGCGCAGUAGGAGCAACAAGCUUGCGGAACAGCACAAACCACUUAAGCGCGAGCAAUGGCAAGAAGAGGCCGAUAUCGCCGGAGCAAGUACUGCGACUGUUCGGACAGGGAGGGGCCGCUGCCCUGGGCAAGGCACUGCCUCCGUCACAUCCGCCGCCUGCCCUGCCCGCUCCCAUCACCACCAGGAGACACUCCCCAGCUAGCAGUCCCAGCAGCACUACCCAUCAUGCGAUAUACCGUGGCGCGGAGAGAGAGAGGCCGUAUUCCUCGGGAGGGGCGCCGGCGCAGGUGGACCCACCUACGAGGACCGUCACCAUGAGCCGGGACCCCGCAGACUCACACGGAUUCGGAAUAUGCGUUAAAGGAGGUAAAGAUGCAGGUGUGGGUGUAUAUAUAUCCAGAGUGGAGGAGGGGUCAGUUGCAGAGCGAGCAGGACUUCGACCCGGGGAUUCUAUCGUACAAGUCAAUGGUACCCCUUUUUCUGGGAUAUCGCACGAAGAUGCUUUGAAGAUGCUGAAAUCAUGUCGGCAACUGACCAUGGUUGUGAGAACAGCUGGAGCCCUGGUGAGCCGUGCCUCCUGCUCCUGGAUGGACAGAUACGGAAGACCAGCGUCACCUCCGCCGCUACGACCUCCGCGAUCCUCUAGCAAGGACAGAUCAAUACGAAGGGUGGAUCUGUGCAUUGAGCCUGGUCAGUCUUUGGGUCUGAUGAUAAGAGGAGGCUUGGAGUACAACUUGGGCAUUUACAUCACCGGUGUUGACAAGGAUUCCGUAGCAGACAGAGCAGGACUAAUGGUCGGUGAUCAAAUAUUAGAGGUGAAUGGCCAGUCGUUCGUGGAUGUGACUCACGAUGAGGCUGUGGGGCAACUGAAGUACCACAAGAGGAUGUCGCUGCUGGUCAGAGAUGUGGGGAAGGUUCCUCACGCCUGCACGGCAUAUGGUGACCGGGAAUCAGCACCGAGGAUAAGCGGUUGGGGUCGACGAAGAGGCGCUGCAUCAGUGGCCGUCGAGCAGAAAGCCAAGUCACUGCUGCCACAGAGUGAUCUGCCGGCGAUCGCGUAUUACAUGGAGGAGUAUGCCUCUAGAAGACUCACUGUGGACUCGUUCCUAACCGUGCUGAAAGAAAUACUCGACACACAGCAUAAGCUGACCUUGUUGAUUGAAGUUCGUGAGUUCGUUCUGCCAGAAGACAGGCCGCGCUUUGAUGAGCUGGUGUACAGGCGAGAAGAAGCGCAACCACCGCAGGAUUUACAUUUAAAGCGUGGCGGCGACCGACAUAUGCUGCCUCCCACAGCCAUGCACGACAUCCAUGAUCCGGAAUACGAGGAGGAGGGUCGGUCGAGGCGGCACUCCUCACCAUGUAACUCAAGAGAAGGAAGUACCACGGCCUUGCAUAUGCAGCAUUACGAUGACACUGAACUUGCACAUAAGCUGUCGAGAAGCUUCGAUAUGAAAGAAGAAGGCGGUGCGUUGUUAGAAGACAGAGGUGGCAUCAGAAGACAUCAAUCUAUGCAGAGGUUGCAACACGGAGAACAAGCAAUGGAUGAGAAUCGGACUGCGAGGGUAGUACCAGAUCAUCAUGGCAAUUUGCACAUUAGUGUGAAAAAGACGAAACCAAUACUUGGUAUUGCAAUAGAAGGAGGUGCAAACACUAAACAUCCGUUGCCCAGAAUUAUUAAUAUUCAUGAGCACGGAUCAGCAUUUGAGGCGGGAGGACUGGAGGUUGGUCAGUUGAUACUUGCGGUGGAUGGGCAGCGCGUUGAAGGGCUGCAACACCAAGAAGUCGCGAGGCUUAUUGCAGAGUCAUUCGCGCAAAGAGAUAAACCAGAAAUUGAAUUCUUAGUCGUGGAGGCGAAAAAGUCCAAUUUAGAACCGAAGCCGACCGCGCUGAUCUUUUUGGAGGCCUAACAUCUACUGUCCCUCCCCGCCAGCGACCCUCCGGCCGCGUCGGGCAACGCGACCUUGGGGGUCGACCUCACCGCUCUCAUCACGGAAUAGCCAACUCCAACCUGCGCUGUCACAUGCUCUUCUAAACGCUACGCUAAAGAUAACGCCUGACAUAUGUUACAGAGCAAUAUGUUCACAAUGAAACAUUGCUAUGCAGUAUGACAGGCGUCGAGCGUCAAACGUUAGCUCUACAAAAUCUGACGUUGCAACGGACUGUUAUGAGAAUAUCUCACGCAGGUAUAAGACAAGGCAAUCUAAAUGGCACAAGGGAGGCGAUUGUGUUGAUAAAAUAUAUAAAUGAUAUUGAAUAAAAUCUCCCAACUUUCUAGGGAUUAUGGGUAGGCUGAAAAUAAAAUGCUAAAUUUUUGAAACUGUUUUCUAGAUAUUAGAAAUUACAAAUUUAAACGUAGGUGGUGACUGAAUUUUAUAAAAAAAAGAAUAUACUUCUUUUGUUGAAAAGAUAUAAAGUAUCAUGUUUAAAUACUCAUAAAGUCACGCUAAAUUAUCACACGCCUCGACACACGAGAUUGUAGAAAUUAUUAAGAGACGGUCGUAUAGAACUUAGAUUGCAUAGAUUGGUAUUGGUGCUUAAAACAAGUUAUAAAUCAUUCGAUAACAGUUAUGACAUUCGAUUAACGAGAGAACACACAUUUAAAUAAAAUAUCCUUUAACGGGUACAAACUCUUGUAACUACAACUGAAUUUUAUCACUUACUAUUUAUUUUUCCCCGCUAACGCAAAACUUACAGCGGUGUUAUUCUCGUAAUUUUAAAAUCAUUGACGUUAAGGUCCGAUCUUAUUCACGGUUUACUCUAGACUAAUAUUCUCCUAUAAUUUCCCUGGAACUGAAUCGGAGCAGCGCGUCACAGUUGAACGACAAGCGUGCACGAAGUUCCCAAUAUUGUUCUACCAAAUACAAAAUAUUUCUACUUCUAUUAAAGGGGUUAUCUAUGAUCUAUUAUAUUAUGAUGUUUUAAGUUGUCAACUCAACCAAACGUCAAAAUUUUAUAGAACACUGACCUUCACUAUUUACCACUGGACUGCGGCUGUCAAAGUGCUAUUGUGUCUGUUUGAUAUUCGCCAUUUUGGCGCUGAUGGCCAUAACGAGAGUCUGUGGUACUAAAACAUCGAUAGACGAUAGGAAAACUAUUUACAAAAAAAAAUUGUAAGUACAUUAUCACGUAGAUUCCUGAAUUAUAAUUAACUAGGAAAACGACCGAAAUUAAUUCAAAAUGCAAUAAUAAUUUAGAUUACUGUACGUUUUUCUGGCAGCCAUUUGUAUUAUAUAUCAAAAUUAGUUCUCUGGACGCUCGCGAGUGGCGCUUCAAAUAGGCACAAAUAUAAUAAUAAAAGCCUUUAUUCACUGACCAUGCAUUUGAACUUAUAUACUACUUAUUAAACAUUUCUUAAAUCUAUUAAAAAGUAAAAUUAAAUAAAAUUAUGUUAAUGUAAAGCAACCACUUUAUUGGUCAGGUUGUCUUUCGACAUAGGCCUCCCCCAGUUUCUGCCACUUAUCUCUAUCUCGCGCUAACCUUCUCCAUCCUGUUGGUAAAGGCACAAAUAAUUUGCUGUCAAACAUAUGGAACAGCCUGUCCAGUGAUAUAUAUACAUGUCAGUGAUUAAGCAUCUUACAACAAUUGACAUGCGAUCCUGUUACGAGAAUACGCAUCAUACGAUUUCCCUAAAUCGGAACGUAACUUCAUCACAUUCGGAACUGAACUGCCAAUUUGUGUUACAAGAAUACCAAAUUUAACUUUUAGCAUAUGGUCGCUUCGAUCAUAUUCUCAAGUUGUUACGAGAGCAGGGCUACAGACAUUUCUUGAACUGCCGAAAUCAUAAUAAUGUUAAAAUUCAGUUUUAACGUUUCAAAGUGUAUUUUAUUUAAAUAUUUCAAUAUCGAACAUAAUUACGCGAUUGCUUUUGUAGUAAAACAUCUCACGUUGGUUUAGAGCUUGCAUUUCCAUUUCUGGGAUCAUGAAAUCAUCAACGUCAUCCAUGUGCCAUCAGCGUUGCAUCCAGAUAAUACGCGGGUCAUCUCAUCUCAGCUCGUUGUAUCGACGGUAGAAUUAGACCAUAGAGCAUCUUCAUGUCAGCAUAGAGCAGAGCUUGCAGCAUAAGCGCAGCACUAAGCAAAUAUUAUGAAUAGAAAGAGAAUUUUUUCAACUUGCUAUCGAGUAUCAAGUAGCAACGUACAUAGUUUGCUUAGGAGAGCGAUAUGUUUGCGGCAUGUCAUUCCAUAUGGUAGGAAAUCGGUGAGUUUAGAAGUUAUGGCGGAGAGGGACUUAGCCCACUCAAAUUUUUUAUAUAGUUAUAUACUCGUGUAGUUAAUAAUGCGUGUAAACUAAAUAAUUUUAUGUUACACUUAUGUCAAACACUCGCUGCUCGCGAUGGUAUCAAUCAUCGAUGCGCUAUGAACAGAAUUUAUUGAUUAUUAUUCUUGAAAUCGAUUACGGCUAUCGAUGUAAUGAAAAUCGACGUGGGCAAAGAGUUUUUGACAUUAUGUUUAGUUGUUAGUUGGAAUUAUAUCCUCGUUGUCGAUGUCAAUCUCUGUGAGCUUAUAUUUAGUUCGUUAUUUCCAUAUCGGAGUAAUAUUCCGCUUGUAUUCAUGCUUAAGUAAUGUAACUUAGAAUUGUGUUACGUGAAAAUAAGUUUUAUAAUAUGAUGGCACAUUUUGUCACAGCUUGAAAAUAAUUUAUCUGAAACAGAAGUCGUGAUAAAAUAUACAUGAACAAAUAAUAUUUCAAUAAAUUGCUGAUGUCAUUUCAUCUGUUAAGUUAUUAUCUUAAGUAGUUUAGUUCAUCCUUGCUAAAGCUUAUACAUACUUAAAUAAGUCAGCUACUUAAUAUAUUUAUAAAUACAACAACUUAGAUGUUAAAAUAUGUUUAUAUAAUUACUAUAACUUAGAUAUAUGUAUUGUACUCAAGUUUUUUCCUAGUGUAAAUAAAACAGUUUGAUAUUUUGUGAACUGUAAAUAUAUUAAUGUAAAAUACAAAAUAUAACUUCAUGUUAGUGCCAAAAGCAAUAUAGACCGAAAUGUACAGAUUCUCAAAACCAUAGAAGUCUAAAUAAGAAGGUUCUUUAGAUUUCUAUGGUAAAAAACCAAUUGUAUCUAUGAAAUGACACUAUUUUAACUCAACCAAAAGAUUUUUUGACUUAUUUUUAAACAGGGAUACAAUCUAUUCGAAGAUUUUCUUUAUAUAGAUUACGCAUUAGCUUAAAAUACAUAUUUAUCAGAGUAACUACGAAAAAAUUUUUAACAACUUGCAAUUAGGAAUUUGUAAAAUAGUCUCAUUUCAUAAAUUACAGUAACCUCUAUAACUUACAGUAAUCUAUAAAACAACUUAUCAACUGUUGUCAGCAUUAACUGCGAUAUCUCAAAAUAAGCUUUCAUUAUCUUAAUAUAUAUAUAAAUUACGUGACACGUUGUAUGUCCGCGAUGGACUCCUAAACUAAUGAACGGAUUUAAAUAUGGAUUACUUCAUAGAGUGUAUCUCAGUCCAACUUGAGCGAUAGGAUAGUUUUGUUUUCUAUUUGGGACCCAUAAUUAUUUUUAUUUCCAAUAUUUGUUUUGUAUGGACAUAUUUUCCAUGAGAGAAUUUAUUGACACGCGGUGUGACAGUUCUGCUGAGAAACAAUUUCAUUAUAACAGCAGGGAGCAUAUUUUACGAAAUAAUUCUUGAAGUUAUUAAUAUUAUUGUAUAGUUCAUUAUGUACAGAACAACGUCUGUCGCGUCUACUAGUAUUUAUAUAUAUUAUCUAUUUAAUUAGAAUUUGAUAAAACAAUUGUGUUAUAUAUAAUUUACUGUGAAGAUGCAAUAUUCAGCUGUUAAUUUAAUAUUGCAAUAGUGUUAUUAAAACUUCAUUUUUUAAUCUGAAUAAUGUAAAAAUAUUAAUAAUUAUAAGUAUUUAUAUGAAUAUAUCUAAAUUAUAAAUACGCUGUUAGGACAUUGUCAUAUAACAUUAUUUUAUGCUGUUUGUGCUUAAGUAGGUACAUAUAAGUUAAAUUUGUGACGGCUAAAGUACUAAGUUACCAUCUAAUUAAAAUCAUGGAUCACGCAAGGAGGUAACGAGAAUUGGCCGGGAGGUAAUAUAGCCAAGCCAGCCGAUACAUAUUAAGAAGUUUACUGAAAUGGCAGAAAUAUAUAUCUUAUUACAAAUACAUUGUGAAAAUAAGGAAUUGUUUGUAGUUUGUGAAAAGACACAGUUAAAAGACAAACCGUGUUUUUUUUUUUUUUAAUUUAUGGUUUUGUAAUAAUAGUGUUUCAUACCAGUAUGUGAGGCUCUUACGAUUAUUACAUAGUCUAGAAACUUCUCGACCUAUUCUAAAUAUUUGUUACCAAUUAUCAAUAAUUAGUUUAUUAUGCGUUGGAGUCAAUUUGUGUAUAUUUUAUUCUGAAAAAUAUUUUAAAAAUUAGUUAUAAUUUAACUACAUUUUCCUUAUAUUAUAAGUACCUAGUACUAUAGAAACAAAGUCUGUUAAUAUUCGAGCAAUUUUCGUACAUUUCAAACAAAAUUUGUUCAACUUAGAUUUAUUAAUAUUAUAUUGUAAGUCUUACGUUAUUUCAUAUUUGUGAAUAGAGUCAAUUCAUUCGAGAAAGCAAUCAUUAAUAUUAUAUUUUAGUAUUUUAAUGUAGUAUAAGUUUACUUGUUUAAAUGAUAAUACUUAAAUUUUAUAAAAUAAAAUUAGUUUAAUUGCUUUUUAUUAACCGACGAUGUGAAAUAUUAAAAAUUUGUUAAACAUUAUGAUCUCACAAUGUUUUAUAGCCAAGACAUUGGUAAUCAAAUUAAAAAAAAAAAACACAUAAUAGUCUUCAAGUAUUUACUCCAUAAAACUGGCUUUUCCUAAAAAGGCUACUAAGGUCAAUUAUCUAAUUAAUUUGCCUCCGUUGCUCAAAAACGGCUUUGUAUCACUCAAAAUUGUGUUUGGCACCUUAUAUAUCGAGACCGACUUAUAGAUCAUACCGAUAUUACUAUAAUUUAUUUAUGUACAAACAAAUAAUAACUUAUUUAUUCUAUCGUUGUGGUUGCUAUAUUAGGAAAUCUGUGUGAAUAGACUUUUACAAUAAAAAUUGUCAUAAAAGUAAGUCAACUGCACAAUACAAUGAUGCGAAGCUGCCUUUACAGUUGUGCUUAAUUAUAAAAUAAUACUGAAUUAAAUUAAUGUUUAAACAAUGCAGUGUAAUAAUAUAAUCAAAGUGACUCGUCAAAGUUAACUAGAUAAGCCCAUUGACGAACGAAAGACUAUCGGGUCUCAAGUUGACAUGUCAUUAAUACCUUCUAGUACGUGUUAAGACGUUUUGAUAAGAUUAACGGCCGUUCCCAAUAUUUAGUCUAUCUCUUAAUUGAGAUAAAAAUCAUAACUAUCGUUGAGUUUUCUCUCCCAAUAAAGUUAUCGACGGUAACCUUGUCCGUACACGCUGUCUGUCAAUGGGACGACGUAUAGCUUACCAGCGAUAGAAGUUUGUAUGGAAAUUGCAAUUCACGCGUCCCAAUAUAAGGCGAUAAGAAUGACUUAUCGGGUAUAUUGGGACAGCUUAAGAUUAUUGACAGCUAAUUACUGACAGUAGAAGGUGGUAAUUUAUAUCUAUCUAUAGAUAGUAUAUUGGGAACAGCCGUAAGACAUAUAUAAUAUAUCUUCCUUACAUAAACUGAGCCAACUGCUCUCUACGGAACAUUCCCAUAAAAACCUAAUAGUUAACCAUACAAAUGUCAAACACUGCUUGCCUGCGAAGGCGUAGAUAUUGUCGCACCGCUGUUGUAUGCAUACUCAUUUAUUUUAUUUCUUUGGGAUAACAAAACAGUUUCCAGAAUACAUUUUACAAUUGCGAUGUACAGUAUUAAAUUAAUUUCUAGUGAAAACAAAUCCCAUUGACCCACGAAGUGAUUUUAUAGUGUUACUAGAUAUAAUACAUCGAUGAAAAAGAAAGAUUAACAACUAUUAAAGUUAUACAUACAUUAAGAAGUAAAAAAUACAAUAUUUUUCAGUACAACGAGAAUAAAACAAAAUACAAUGUUUUUAUGCCAUAAUUAUUAUCAUUUAUAGUCGUAUAUUAUUGAAAUACAUUAAAACAGAGAGAAUAAAUGAGAGUUAACAUGAAAAUAAAAAUACAAAAAACGUUUUAUCUUAAGAUUUUAUUCACGUGCUUUUUAAAUUGUAUUUUUUAAUAUUUUGAUAGAGUAACCUGUCUGUCUGUUACCUUAUACGGUUCCUGUCAGGACUACAGGUUAUAAAAUAUAAAACACCAGUAUAAUUCCGCAAAUAAUUUAUUACACAUUAAAGAUGUCUGUAAGCAUGAAUAUGAUUACACACACUCUCACAUCGCAGUUGCAUCACUUGUUGUAUCGUUCUCCGCGAACGUUCAAUCAAGGAUUACUCUCGAAAUAUGCCGAACAAUGUAAUAAAGAAUAAAAAAUCAUCUAGAAAUAAUUAACAAGUAAACAGGUUGUUUAUGUAUCAGCAAGUUAUAUAAUACUCGACUUUAACCGCCGAGAAAUAAGGUCGAGAUUACGUUGAUAGGAUAUCUAUGGAAAGAUGACACGCGGCAAGAUUUCUAGUUAACUUUGGCAUGUCAUUAGAUUUAAACUGUUAUUCCUACAUUACACAAACCCCCUUUUUAUAUACGCUGUUGUUUAUCAUCUUCCUUGUUUUUUAACUAUUCUAUACCGUCCAUUUAUGUUUCUUAUACCUGAAUAAAGCCUGAAGAAUGGAAUAAUUGUUGAGACAGAUAAGUGACGUAUCCUUGUUCGUUGGAUUUGGUAAUGCUACACAAAAUGUACGCUCCACGCUGAUUUAAUUUAAUAAUUAAAAUAUGUUCUUGCUCGUUGUUAAGUUUGCCGUUGAUGACAAAAUAUAUUGUUAACUAGAUACAUAA